AUUGUUCCAGCCACCGAGCUCGACUUGUUGGCCGCGCUGUCGCUGCACAACACGACGCGUGCCGGCGUCAGCUCCGCUCCUGGCAUGCAGCCGCAGCGCACCGCCUACGCUCUACAAGGGGACUCGCGGUCGUUGCAGGUGGAGGGCGAAGCGUUCGAGCGCGCCGCGGAGCUUCUGCGGCACUCUCCCGAGUUCACGCUACUCGCUGCGCUGCGGCAGGAUCCCGCUAACUCCGGCACGAUCAUUUCUUUCUCGCAUGGCUACAACAGGUACUUGGAGCUGCAGUCGAGCGGGCGACGAGAUGAAGUACGGUUACACUAUGUGGCAGCUGGGAGCUCGACGGCUCGGGUCGAAACAUUUCCAUUUCGAUUGGCGGAUGGGGCUUGGCACCGCGUGGCGUUGGCUGUGUCUGGCGCACAGGCCACGCUGCUCGUAGAUUGCCACCCGCUCUAUCGGCGCCUUAUACCGCCACCCGAUCGCAAUUUCACCCAGCCUCAGCUAUCGCUGUGGGUUGGCCAGAGAAAUAGCAAGCACUCAUUAUUUAAGGGAACUAUUCAAGAGGUAAGACUCGUGAGCGGGCCUCACGGCUACCUUGUGCAGUGUCCGGGGCUGGACUCCGAAUGCCCUACUUGUGGUCAAUUUGCACUACUCCAGGCGACUGUACAAGAAUUAACAUCGCAUAUCCAUGACCUUUCACAUAAGUUAGUAGGCGCAGAAGCUCGGCUCGCGCGGUUGGAACAGUGUGAUUGUCAAAAAUCAUGUUAUUCCAACGGCACGGUACACGCUGAUGGCGCCACUUGGCAAAAAGACUGCAAUCGAUGCUCCUGCGUGCAUGGCGAGAUUACGUGCAGGCCAGUAGAGUGCGAUAGAGCAGAGUGUAAAAAUCCAGUAUUACAUCCAGGGGAAUGUUGUCCAACUUGUCUUAGGCAGUGCCUGCUGAAGGGCACGCUGUACGAGCACGGCGAGCGGUUCGCGCCCAAGGAGUGCGCGGAGUGCGUGUGCCACGACGGCAACAUGCAGUGCACGCGCGUGGACCCCGAGACCGCGUGCCCGCCGCUGCCGUGCGACGCGCCCGACCAGUUCACCGUGCCCGGCGAGUGCUGCAAGUUCUGUCCGGGCGUGGACUACUGCAGUAUGGGGCACUCGUGUGACGAAAAUGCGACAUGUAUGAAUCUCAACACAAAAUACACUUGUAAGUGCAAUCAAGGAUUUCAAGGAGAUGGGAUAACGUGUGAAGACGUGGACGAGUGUCAGUCGGCUGGCGGUCUAUUCGGCCACCACUGCCACUCGAACACGCGCUGUGUCAACGUCGUGGGCAGCUACGUGUGCCAGUGUCUGCCCGGGUACACGCGCCGGGACAAGUUCAACUGCGUUGAGGUAGACGAGUGCGCGAGCGAUACGCACGGCUGCCACGCGCACGCGCAGUGCAGCAACACGCCCGGCUCCUACGAGUGCCGCUGCCGCGAGGGCUACUCGGGCGACGGCUACUCGUGCACGCCGAUUUGUACGGGCGGCUGCCUGAACGGCGGCGUGUGCGCGGCCCCAGAGCAUUGCGCAUGCGCGCGCGGUUUCGGUGGCGAGCGCUGCGAACGCGACGUGGACGAGUGCGAGCCCCCCGCGUUCCCCGCAACCCCCGCGCACCCUUCGCUCUCCGCCGCACCGUGCGUGCCGCGCGCCGCCUGCGUCAACACGCCCGGCUCCUACUAUUGCGUGUGCCGCGACGGCUACCGGCGCGACCCGCAUCACGACACCUGCGAAGAUGUCGAUGAAUGUGCGGAGGGCUUCCACACGUGUCACCCGAGCGCCCGCUGCGUCAACACUGACGGCAGCUUCAGAUGCGAGUGUGACACACCGGAAUGUGAACUCAGUUGCUCGUGGCAGGGGCAGGUGGUGGCCGACGGCGCGCGGUGGGCGGAGGCGGGCGGCUGCCGCGCGUGCGCCUGCGCCGCCGGCGUCGCCGCCUGCGAGCGCGCGCCCUGCGCCUGCGACCGCGACAACACCUCGCGCGCGUUGCAGAGCUCGUCCGCACCGGCGGCGUGCUGCCCGCACUGCGAGGCGCGCUUCCACUGCCGCCACCAGGAGAUGCACCACGUCACCUUUCGCAGCGGCGAGCGCUGGCUCUACCAGUGCCAGAUCUGCGAGUGCCUCCUGGGGGAGGUGGACUGCUGGGAGCCGGAGUGCGAGCACGGCGCGGGCUGCUGCGCGGGCGCGGGCGAGUGGCGCGCGCCGCAGCGCCUCGAGCUCGCGGGCUGCGCGCCGCCGCACUGCCCCGGCUGCCAGGGUGGGCAGUGUGCUACUUUGGGCGCGGCGCGACGUGGCGGCGGCGCUGGCGCUGGCGGCGCUGUGGUGGGGCCGCGCGCCGCGCCCGCACCGCAAGCACCGCGGCGCGCGGCGCUAGAGCCGCCCUGA